AGCCUGACCCUGCUGCCUCUAAUGAAGGCUGAGCUGAGACUCUGUCUGGGCGGGGGCUUUCCUUAGAUUGAGGGGCAGCCCCCAGGCACCAUGUCUGCUUCUGUGUCUCAGCUUCUAUGAGUCUGUGCAGGAAAGGCUCCUAAGGCUUUUCUGUCACUGCCUCUCUUCCAUCUGGGUCUCAUCUUUGUUUCUGACUUCUCUACCCAUCUCUCUACGCUCUGUCCGGCUCCGCCCCCCUCAUGCUUCCUGGGCCUCUGUCUCCGUUUGGCUGUGUUUCUCUUUGCUUCCUUCUGCCUCUCUCUCUCCUCCCUGUGCUAGUUCUGGGUUCGGUGCCCUUGCCCUCUUUUUUGGGCCCGGAUCACCAUCUAUCUGGGCCGGUCCCCUGGAGGACCGCACUAACUGUCUCCUAGGAAACCUCCCCCCGCCUUCCUCAGGCUCUGUUCUGACCUCCAGCUCUGCUGCCAGCACAGAUCUUCAGCCCCAUUAUCUUUGGGGCCCUUGGGAGAGGCCGCCAGUGCGCCCCGACAGGAGCGGGAGCGAAGGGGCGGGCCGGAAGGGGGGCACCCGCGCUUGGCCCCGCCCCAGCCCCGCCCCUCCCGGGUGUCUGCCGGCGCCCCCAGUCGUGCCCCGGCCGCAGAGCCAUCGCUGCCGCCCGAUGAAUGGAGUCGCCUUCUGCCUGGUCGGGAUCCCGCCCCACCCGGAGCCCCGGCCCCCCCAGCUGCCACUGGGCCCGAGAGAUGGGUGCUCUCCUAGGCGUAUUCUCCCCUGGCAGGGGCCAAGGAUGCUACUGCUGCACAAAAGUCUCCAGGAUGGCUUUGGCUUCACUCUGCGCCACUUCAUCGUGUACCCACCUGAGUCGGCCGUGCACUGCAGCCUGAAGGAGGAAGAGAAUGGAGGCCGAGGAGGAGGACCCUCCCCCCGGCCCCGCCUGGAGCCCAUGGACACCAUUUUUGUGAAGAAUGUGAAGGAUGCUGGCCCUGCCCACAGGGCGGGGCUUCGCACAGGAGACCGGCUGGUGAAGGUGAAUGGGGAGAGCGUCAUCGGGAAGACCUACUCCCAGGUCAUAGCUCUGAUUCAGAACAGUGAUGACACUCUGGAGCUCUCCAUCAUGCCCAAGGACGAGGACAUCCUCCAGCUGGCCUACUCCCAGGACGCCUACCUGAAGGGGAACGAGCCAUAUUCUGGAGAGGCCCGCAGCAUUCCAGAGCCGCCCCCAAUCUGCUACCCCCGGAAGAUCUACGCCCCGCCAGCCCGGGUCUCCACUUGGGCCACUAUGGUGCCUGAGCCUGUCUCAGCACUGCCGAGCGACACCCGGAGUCCUACUGCCUGGAGUGACCCGGGGCCACGUGUCCCAUCUGCUCCCCGUGCCCACCUGGACAACUCUUCCUUGGGGAUGAGCCAGCCCCGCCCUAGCCCUGGUGCCUUCCCCCAACUUCCAUCAGAGCCCCGGAUGCCCCGUGCCUUCCCAGAGCCUGGCAGCCGGGUGCCCCCCAGCAGACUGGAGUGCCAGCAGGCCUUGUCACACUGGCUGUCAAACCAGGUCCCCCGCAGGGUGGGGGAGAGACGGUGUCCAGUUAUGCCUCCCCGGGCCCGCAGUGCCUCCCAGGACCGCUUGGAGGAUGUGACUGCCCACCGCCCAUGGCCCUGCUCCACUUCCCAGGAUGCCUUGAGCCAGCUGGGCUGGGAGGGCUGGCACCGAGCUCGCUCAGACGACUACCUAAGCCGGGCCACUCGCUCAGCUGAGGCGCUGGGGCCAGGGGCACUGGUGUCUCCUCGCUUUGAACGCUGUGGCUGGGCUUCUCAGCGUACAUCGGUCCGCACCUCUGCUUGUCCACCUCGGGACCUGCCAGGGCCCCAGGUCCCACCUGCAUCUGGCCUUCAGGGCCUGGAUGACAUCGGGUACAUUGGGUACCGGAGCUACAGCCCAUCAUUCCAGCGCCGGACUGGCCUUCUGCACGCACUCUCCUUCCGGGACUCACCAUUUGGGGGGCUUCCCACCUUCAACUUGGCCCAGUCCCCUGCAUCAUUCCCACCAGAGGCUGCUGAACCACCCAGGGUUGUCCGGCCGGAAUCUAGCACCCGGGCCCUGGAGCCUCCAUCCGAGGACCACCGUGAUGAGGUGGUCCUGAGGCAGAAGCCUCCAACGGGCCGCAAGAUCCAGCUGACCCCUGCAAGACAGAUGAACCUUGGACUUGGUAACGAGUCCCCAGAGCCAGAGGCCAGUGGGCGAGGGGAACGCCUGGGCAGGAAGGUGGCCCCUUUGGCCACCACCGAAGACUCUUUGGCUUCCAUCCCCUUCAUCGAUGAGCCCACCAGCCCCAGCAUUGACCUCCAAGCCAAGCAUGUCCCUGCCUCUGCUGUGGUCUCCAGUGCCAUGAACUCAGCCCCCAUCCUGGGCACCAGCCCAUCCUCCCCAACCUUCACCUUUGCCCUCGGCCGCCACUACUCGCAGGACUGCAGCAGCAUCAAGGCUGGCCGCCGCUCCUCCUACCUGCUGGCUAUCACCACGGAGCGCUCCAAGUCCUGCGAUGAUGGGCUCAACACCUUCCGGGAUGAGGGUCGGGCUCUGCGGCGCCUGCCAGACCGAGUGCCCAGCCUGAGGAUGCUUCGGAGCUUCUUCACUGAUGGGAUGGACUGGAAAAGCCAUCUUGGUUUCAAACCCACCAUAUCUCUGUCCUUGGAUAGCUGGGGUACAUCUGAAGAUGCUGAGGCCCCUUCUAAGCGACAUUCAACCUCUGACCUCUCAGAUGCAACUUUCAGUGAUAUCAGGAGAGAAGGCUGGUUGUAUUAUAAACAGAUCCUCACCAAGAAGGGGAAGAAAGCGGGCAGCGGCCUGCGCCAGUGGAAGCGGGUGUACGCCGCGCUGCGGGCGCGCUCGCUCUCGCUGAGCAAGGAGCGGCGGGAGCCCGGGCCGGCGGCGGGGGCUGCGGCGGCCGGCGCAGGUGAGGACGAGGCGGCGCCCGUCUGCAUCGGCUCCUGCCUGGUGGACAUCUCCUACAGCGAGACCAAGAGGAGGCACGUGUUCCGGCUGACCACCGCUGACUUCUGUGAAUAUCUCUUUCAGGCUGAGGACCGGGAUGACAUGCUGGGCUGGAUCAGAGCGAUCCGAGAGAACAGCAGGGCCGAGGGCGAGGACCCCGGCUGUGCCAACCAAGCUCUGAUCAGCAAGAAGCUUAAUGAUUACCGCAAAGUGAGCCAUAGCUCUGGGCCCAAAGCUGAUUCCUCCCCAAAAGGCUCUCGUGGCCUGGGGGGCCUCAAGUCUGAGUUCCUCAAGCAAAGUGGAGUCCGGGGACUCAGGACUCAGGACCAGCCUGCAGGGAGCAAGGAUGACAGUACUGCUGCCCCCAAAACCCCCUGGAGCAUCAACAUUAUCAAGAAGAACAAGAAAGCAGCUCCAAGAGCAUUUGGGGUCCGGCUUGAGGAGUGCCAGCCAGCCACGGAGAACCAGCGCGUCCCCCUGAUUGUGGCUGCCUGCUGUCGCAUUGUGGAGGCACGGGGGCUGGAGUCCACAGGCAUUUACAGAGUGCCUGGCAACAAUGCAGUAGUGUCCAGCCUGCAGGAGCAGCUCAACCGUGGGCCUGGUGACAUCAACUUGCAGGAUGAGCGCUGGCAAGACCUCAACGUGAUCAGCAGCUUGCUCAAGUCCUUCUUCCGAAAGCUGCCCGAGCCUCUCUUCACUGAUGACAAAUACAAUGACUUCAUUGAGGCCAAUCGCAUUGAAGACUCAAGGGAGCGGAUGAAGAUGCUGAGGAAGCUGAUCCGAGAUCUCCCCGGACACUACUAUGAAACACUCAAAUUCCUUGUGGGGCAUCUCAAGACCAUUGCUGACCACUCGGAGAAAAACAAGAUGGAGCCCCGGAACCUGGCCCUGGUCUUUGGGCCGACACUGGUGAGGACAUCUGAGGACAACAUGACAGACAUGGUGACCCACAUGCCUGACCGCUACAAGAUCGUGGAGACGCUGAUCCAGCAUUCAGACUGGUUCUUCAGUGAUGACGAGGACAAGGGAGAGAGAACCCCUGUGGAUGACAAGGAGCCUCAGUCAGUACCCAACAUCGAGUACCUCCUGCCCAACAUUGGCAGGACAGUGCCUCCUGGUGACCCAGGUUCAGAUACUACCACCUGUAGUUCAGCCAAGUCCAAGGGCUCGUGGGCCCCCAGGAAGGAGCCGUACGCCCGGGAGAUGCUGGCGAUCUCCUUCAUCUCGGCCGUCAACCGCAAGCGGAAGAAGCGGCGGGAGGCGCGGGGGCUGGGCAGCAGCACGGAUGAUGACUCCGAGCAGGAGGCGCACAAGCCCGGGGCGGAGGCGCCGGCUCUGGGACCCCAGGGGCGGCCAGAGGGGCAGCUGCCGGGCGCCGCUGCCCCCGAGGACCUCGGGCGCCUCAGCCCCCCGGCGGCGCCGGAGGAGCGGCCGGCCGCGGACACGCGCUCUAUCGUCUCGGGCUACUCCACCCUUUCCACCAUGGACCGCAGCGAGUGCUCGGGCGCCGGCAGCCGGCGGGCGGGCGCAGGGGAUGAGGCUGACGACGAGCGCAGCGAGCUGAGCCACGUGGAGACGGACACGGAGGGUGGCGCGGCGGGCGCAGGGCCGGGGGGACGCCUGGCGCGCCGGCCCUCCUUCACCUCGCACCACCUCAUACCCUGCGACACCCUGGCGCGACGUCGCCUGUCCCGGAGCCGCCCAGACGGCGAGGGCGCGGGCACGGGCCGGGGCGGCCCCCCUGCCGCGGAGCUGCCCGGCUCCGCCUCAUCCAGCAGCCAGGAGUCGUUGCGCCCCCCGGCUGCUGCGGCAGCGGCACUGGGCUCCCGGCCGUCGCGCAUCGAGGCCCUGCGGCUGCGCCUCCGCGGCACAGCGGACGACAUGGCCGUGCGGCUGCGGCGGCCGCUAUCGCCCGAGACGCGGAGGCGCCGGAGCAGCUGGCGCCGCCACACGGUGGUGGUGCAGAGCCCGCUGACCGACCUCAACUUCAACGAGUGGAAGGAGCUGGGCGGAGGGGGCACCCUGGAGCCCACGGGCGCGCGGGCACACAGUGACAACAAGGACUCCGGCCUCAGCAGCCUGGAGUCCACCAAGGCGCGGGCCACAUCGUCCGCAGCCUCGCUGCCACCCGCGUCCGGGGACCCCGGGGCCCUGCAGAGCCAGCCUCUGCGCCGCUCGGCCACUUCCCGUCUCCAUCAGUGUCUGUGACAGCUCUCCCUAGCGCCCCUUCGCUCGCACCCUCUGUUGCCCCUGUGUGCACGGGGUGAGGGUAGGAGGACGCCGCAGGCCGCGUCUUUGGUUCGUGUGUUGGAAUUGGGAGGGGGCGGGCAGCGUAGAAGGCUGGAGCUGGGCAGAGUGAAUGGAAGGCGGUUCCGGGGGCAACGAGAGGAAGAGGAGAGGGCUGGGCUGUCGGGGUAUGUGUCCCUGCACGUGGGUCCGAGUAGGCCCUUCUGGGCCUUCCUGUGGCUGCACUUAGGGGCUGUGUGGACGAGGAGUGUGGCUAGGUAACCCCAAGUUUCAGACUAAAGAAAAGAUACUGGGCGAUGCUGGCUUUUUGCUUUCUCUGCGCGCCGUCUUGCCCUCAGCUCCUAAGGCAGGAUGUGUGUGGGUGUCUGGGGAGAGGAGGCAUAGGGUGGUGGUGUCCGUGGGGAGGAGAACUUCUGUGUGCAAGUGUGUGUAGUCACUGUCCAAAGGUGUUUCCAGUAGCAACUUCUGCCACCCCCCUUUUCUCCCCACCCCCACCGCCCAUGGGCUCCCUGCCUUAGGUGCAUACAGGGAUCCUGGCCCCCUGCCCUUGUCAGAGCCAGAGAAGGGGGUAGCGGACCUUCCAAGAGGCAGGACUGAAGCCUUCCUGGGGUUGCUCCCCUCACUCUUUUGCCAGCACCUAAAUCACUCCCCCAAGUGCUUUGAUCAUGGAAGCUGCCUGUUCCUCAUCUGGGAAGGGUCCAGGUACCCCGCUGGCAUCUCCCUGGUCCCACCUUCGUUCUUCCAGUGGUGCCUGCUCCUUCCAUAGCUCAGGCACACAGAGCCCUCUCUCCUUUCCUUUGGGGAGGGGACAGUAAAAAAACAUCACUAGUAUCUUCUGUCUCACAUACACUGAUUUAUGGGACCCGAGCUGGGCUAUUCCUGCAGAAUAUAUGGAAACCAGACUCCUCUUUUUCCCACAUGUUGUAAAUAGACCUCAGACCACCAGGCGCCCCCACACCCCUCACCCACACUCAUUCCAGGGAAGCCCAGAUGGGGCUGUGACCCCCUGCCACGUCUAUCAGUCCUCUUGUUUUAUGCAAAGACUUACUGUAAAGUAGAUUUCUUUCUCCUCCUGCCACAUCCUUUUAUUGUAAAUAUUGUCUCUAAAUGUGUAACAUAUUAUAAAGAAUUUAUAAGGAUUUUUAAAGAUGUUUUGCUCAUUUACAAAAGUGUUGUAACAGUGUUGGAUAAAGCCUCCUGCCCCACAUCCGCAUGGUUCUUUUCACUGUAUCCUUGACACGCCUCUCUGGCGACAACUAAAAUCUCCUGCUUCUGAAAAGUCCUGUCUUAAAAGUACAGUCUAUAUCUUGGAAAUAAAUGGCCUUCCU